AUGGUUCUUCAACGAGCUCCGAAACGAGCAAUAGUAUGGGGCUUUAGCGAUACGAAUAGACACGUCACUCUUGAAAUAGGCAGUCAGCUAUAUCAAACGAAGAGUGGAUUACAUCCGGUAAAUGAAUUUGGCGAAAGUAUUUGGUCGGUUACACUCGAUCCUCAACCAGAUGGUGGUCCCAAUCAGAUAAAUGUACAUCAAACCCUACCAAACGGAACGCUUGUGACACUUACUUUGAAUGAUGUCUAUUUUGGUGAUGUUUGGAUCUGUUCAGGUCAAUCCAAUAUGCAAAUGACCGUGCGAGAUAUUUUUAAUGGUUCAAUCGAAAUAGCAAAUGCAGAUAAAUACCCUAAAAUACGUUUAUUUACAGCUGCCCUAAAACCAUCAGCUACACCAAUGGAAGAACUAUUAGGCAUUGAACAAAAUUGGUCUAUACCUUCUGCUGACAGUGUCGGAGGACCAUCAUGGACGUACAUAUCAGCUGUGUGUUGGCUUUACGGUCGAAUGAUUCACGAGGCAUUGAACGGCAUACCGAUCGGACUGGUCGUCACUAGCUGGGGUGGUACGGCUAUCGAAUUAUGGAUGCCACCAGAACCGUUACAUGAAUGUGGCAUUUCAUCCGAUGAACGUGUUCCGUUGCAACCUUAUAACGAACUUUUAGGAAUACGAGACACUUUGAAUAACUCGAAUUUAUACAAUGCGAUGAUCUACCCAUUCACUCGUAUGGUUAUUUACGGUAGUAUUUGGUACCAAGGUGAAUCGAAUGCUGAUUAUAAUCGUGAUAAGUAUACAUGUACAUUUUCCAAAAUGAUUCAAACAUGGCGUCAAAUCUGGUUUACGCGUACAAAUAACAAUACUGAUAUUCAAUUUCCAUUUGGUUUUGUUCAAUUAUCCACGUUUAGAACAGAUGGUCGGAUGGUUGGUGGAUUUCCGUGGAUUCGUUGGCAUCAAACAUUUGAUGUUGGAUAUGUCCCAAAUCAUGUUGUGCCAAAUGUUUUUAUGGCUGUCGCUUUAGAUCUACGUGAUGACCCAANGUUCAAUUAA